CCCGAGUAGCCCGAGAAUUGGGUCAGAACGGGUUACAACAACCGAUAACCAAUAACUCCCCCCUUUGCAGGCACCAGACAGGCACGAUCAACAAUCUGAGGGCCACUGCCUCUUCUCUCCCUCUCUCAAUCAAAUCAAUCUUUUUUCUGGAAAGGUUGUUUGUGUCCACAAUUGUGAAGAAUUUGGAAGCAUACACAUAUUAAGAGCUGUAGAUCAUUUUCAUUAUGUAUUGGAAUGGAACCACUUUGAAUGGAACAUAUUCUUCUCAUGUCAUGCUCUAUCAUCUUGAUGUUGUGAGCCUAUGAGAUGGGUCAACAAACUGUAGAUUCAAAGUCAAGUGACCAUGGGCAGACUAAUUCUAAAUCUGGUUUACCCAAGCAUGAUAAACAGCUGUCGGUGCCAGUAGACAUAGUGGGACCUGCACUACAAGAUUCACAGAGCGAGAACAUGGUUGCUGCCUCCAAAUCUAUUGAAAGCCCAUUAUUUCCUGAAGCGAAUACUAUGGCGAAUAAAGAUUCUAAUAUAACUGGCUCUAAAAGACCUACCCCGGAAUGUCUAGUGAACCCACUCAACCGAUGCUCAACAAACAAUUCUGGUAGUGGGCAUCUUGUCUAUGUUCGUAGAAGACCUGAAGGAGAGUUAAGCAAAACUGCUGCUAAUAACAACCAAAGUGGUGUUGAUUAUCCACAACCGAAAAAGCUUAGUCAACAUGAUGAGAAAACUCAGACUGAAGUCCAGAUGAAGGAAGGAGAUUACAUUCCAGAAGUUUCAUCAAUCUCAUGGACUCCUUCAAGGUGCUCCUUGUCCACAAAACCUUCAGUUCCUCCCUCUACAGGAGAGUCCAACAACAAUUUAGCUUCAGUUAAUAUUAGCAACCAUCAAGUCACAUCUACCAGACUAUUAUUGGAUAAUCCCAAGAAGGUUAAUUUAAAGCAUUGGGAAGAGCGGUAUUUCCAAUUGCAGCACUUGCUGCACAGACUGGAGCAAUCAAAGCAAGAGGAUUAUGUACAGAUGCUUCGUUCUCUCUCCUCUGUUGACCUAAGCAAUCAUGCUGUUGAACUGGAGAAGAGGUCCAUACGGCUUGCCUUGGAGGAAGCGAAAGAGGCGCAACGAGUAAGAGUCUUGGAUAUUUUGGGGAAAUAUCCAAAGAACCCCAGAGCUUCUCUGGCUUGAUGUCUUGGACAGCCUCAGAAAGAACGAAAUGUAAUUGUAUUCUUAAACAGAAUUUGUACAUGUUGUAGCCUGAUAUUUACAUUUUAGUUAGAGUAUCUGUCUGGUCUAAGCUAGUUAAUGUGUUGUAGCUAUCGUUUGUUAACACUAACUUAUAGUGCCUUUUAUUGAGGAAAUGGAAGUGGCUUUCCUCAGGUCCAUCAACAAGAGUUGAGAUUGAA